AUGGACACUCCCAAAACUAUUACGCUGCAAAACCACACGAUCGCUGUUGUGAUCUGUACUCCGGACGACUCAUAUCCAUACCUGCGGUCUCUUGAUCCUGUCGGGCACACUCAAAAUGGCAGCGAGGGCGAUAACAUCCCACUCCCAAAGACCAAGUUUCUGCCUCUCGUCAAUGUUAGGCUGACAGGCGAGGGAAAUAAUGGUUGGAAAGGGCAGAAGAGCCUUGUGGGUAGCUACAUAUCGGAAAGGUUCAGGUACAAGUCUCAUAAGACGUAUAUCACUUCGGACGAUUCGGAAACGCUUGACUUGGAAAUGAGAGAUGAGAAAACGGGCAUCACGGUCACCAGCCAUCUGACCAUCUUUGAAGGCUUGCCAAUGCUGCGAGCCACCGCGACGGUUCUCAACGACUCGGAUCGUAAUGUCGUGCUCACACAACUGACCUCUGUUGUCGUGAGUCAAGUGAACUCGACUCCCCGCUGGUGGGAAGACUGCCAACUAUCUACCGCAACCAGCACAUGGUUCCGAGAAGCACAAUGGCAGCAGCGUACUCUGCCCGACAUUGGCUUAGAUUCUAUCGGUAUCCACGAGUUGCCCGAGCACCACCCCUGCUCGCAGGCUUACUAUAGCCUGUCGAAUACGGGCACUUUCUCGACACAAGGCCACCUGCCGAUGGGAUUGUUGACCUCCAAGAACGAUGCAUGGAUCUGGCAAGUGGAGAACAACGGAUCAUGGCGUUGGGACCUAGGCGACUUCGAAAACGGUGUCUACGUCGCUGUAUCGGGUCCAGAGGCUAGCCACGACUGGCGACAGAGAUUGGCACCCGGUGAAUCGUUCACCUCGUGCCCGGCAGCUGUUGGGCACGUUAGGGGUGAUCAGGAAACAGCAUUUGCGGCAUUGACACAGUAUCGCCGCCGCAUCCGCCGGCAUCAUAAAGACUUUGAUGACAUGCCAACCAUCUUCAACGAUUACAUGAACUGCUUAAUGGGCGACCCGACGACGGAAAAGAUCCUCAGUCUAGCUGACCCGGUCGCUAAAUCCGGAGCGCAAUACUUCGUCAUCGAUUGUGGUUGGUACGCAGAUGAUAUGGGCUGGUGGUACGACGUGGGCGAUUGGCAGCCGUCGAAGAAGCGCUUUCCAGGUGUAGACGGCUUCAAGAAUCUCCUGCGGAAGCUUGCGGACAUGGGUUUGAAGCCCGGGCUGUGGAUUGAGCCUGAAGUCGUUGGUUACAAGAGUGCAGUCGCUCACGAGCUACCCAACGAAGCGUUCUUUCAGCGCGAUGGCGAGCGGGUUCUGGAGAGAGGCCGAUAUCAGCUCGACUAUCGGCAUCCAGCUGUCAUUGAGCGAAUGGACAAGAUAAUCGACCAGCUUGUGCUUGGAUACGGGGCCCGAUACUUCAAGUUCGAUUACAACAUCGAAGUCUCGCAGGGUACUGAUGUGAACUGCUCGAGUGCUGGUGUUGGUCUGCUAGGUCACAAUCGCGCCUAUCUCAAAUGGGUGUCGGGACUCUUGGACCGUCAUCCCGGCCUGGUCAUCGAGAACUGCUCGAGCGGAGCCCAGCGCAUGGACUAUGCCAUGUUAUCCGUCCACACCCUUCAGUCUACGAGCGACCAGCAAGAUCCUGUACGAUAUGCCGCCAUCGCGGCUGCAAUCCCGACAGCGGUGACGCCCGAGCAAGGCGCUACGUGGGCGUAUCCGCAGGGCGACUGGUCGGACGAGAUCAACGCCAUGACCGUAGUCAACAGCCUCCUCGGCCGCAUCCACCUUUCAGGACGACUGGAUCAGAUGAGUGAGAAACAACUCGAGAUCGUAUAUGAAGGUAUGCGCGUAUAUCAGGACAUCAGACACGAUCUCCCCGAAUGCACACCUUUUUGGCCGCUGGGCCUGCCGAAGUGGCAUGACGACUGGGUUAGCCUUGGCAUGAUGACCGCGGAUCGCAAAAAGGCCUACGUGUCUGUUUGGAGACGUGGAGGCGACGAGGUGUCAUGCAAUCUGUCCAUUCGUGCCUUUGAAGACUUGUCUCAGAUGGAGGUCAAGCUGCUCUACCCUGCAGCUUUCGAAGGACAAGGGUCCUGGUCACAGUCCGGCCUCCAGGUGACAUUACCAAAGACACAAUGUGCAAGACUCUUCCAGGUGGCAGCGAAAACGUCGGUAGUAAAUGAGAAAGGAGCAACGAGUAGGGGGUAUCCUUGA